AGCCAAUUUUGGCUCAAGCCGUUUUGGUUCAAGUAACACAUCUCUCGAGGUGGUGCAGGACCGUUCCCGCGGUGGCGGGCGGAGCGGCCCGCGACAAAGGCUCCGCACCCCACCGCGACUGUGUGCGCUCCUGGUGGAGCCGUACCGCUACCUUUACCUUUUCGGCCCCUUUGUUUUCAGUCUGCCGCCAUGGGGGGGAAGCGGCGGUCUGAAGGGAGAGGAGCUGGAGGCCGCAGUGAAUCUUCUGAUCCGGCGUCCCAGAGACGAUCCGCCAGUCGCAGCCUCGACUCUCGCCGUGAACGCUUGCAAGAUGCGGAAGGUGUCGUGUCUAAGCUGGAGGUGAUCACUGGGAGCUUGCAGAGCCUCAAUCAAAGGAUGCUGCAAAGCAAGCAAGAUGUCGUUAAUCUGGGAGUGUCGGUACAAGGAUGGAUCGACCCUCCGAUACAACGAGUCACCUUGGUGUCGACGGACAUCAACCGACGGCACGCUCAGCUACAUCAUGAGUUUCACCACUCGCUCAAGCAACAGGGCGCGAAUAUCGAGGCGCUCAGGAUGGAGUUUUCGUCGUCGCACGAGCUCAUGGACACUAGCACGUCUCAAUCCGACAUUGACGUCAAGCUCGAUGCCACGUGUGCUGACAUCGCGCAGCAGUGGUCUGUGCUGCAGGAGGCCCAGAGGUCCGCCAACAUGAAGCUGGAGUGUUUUGCCGAGCAGGCCACCACGUCUUCCUCCUCGCCCCACUCGCGCACUGCUGUGCACACGGACCAGGGCAACAACAGUGAGCGCCUGCAGAAUGAUGCCUGCAAGUUUGUGCUCUUAGGAUUCCCGCGCCCACUUCUAAUUGACGAUGUCAAGGAGAUCAGUGCUCGAUGUGUCGCUCAGUUUGCUCCGCAACCUGCUCACGGUAAUAUCGUUAUUCGUGC